AACUGCUUCUAUUUUCCCUUAUCAACAACAAAACAGCCACCACCUGUUUCUCGAUUCUGUCUUGUGCCAGUCACAAGAAGAAAAUGUCGACGACAACCGCCAUAGGUGCAGGUGGAGCCUUCGCAACAAGAAACGCCCUCUCCAUCAAAACUACUACUUCAUAUCCAUUAGCAUCACCUCAUCAGAAAACAACAUUUCAAGGGUUGUCCAUUCAAGAUGCCAAAAGGGGCGUCUCCACUUCCUUCUUGGGAUCCAGCGACAAGACCAUCGUGUCUGUAAAAGGAGGAAGAGGUUUAGAUAUCAAAGCCAGAAAAACCGCAGGUGCUUCAAAGGAGAUCGAAGUUGAAGUCGACAAGCCUUUAGGCCUCACUUUGGGUCCUAAACCUGGUGCUGGUGGUGGCGUUGUUAUCACCGGAGUGGAAGGAGGUGGGAAUGCUGCAAAAGCAGGGUUGAAGGCUGGGGAUCAAGUCAUAUACACAAGCAGCUUCUUCGGCGAUGAACUUUGGCCUGCUGAUAAGCUUGGCUUCACCAAAACCGCCAUUCAGGCGGUGCCGGAUUCUGUUUACUUUGUCGUUAGCAGGGGGGCUGAUGUAGAUGUCAAACGACUACCAAAACGACCUGCUCCUCCUCGAUUCGGACGCAAGCUAACAGAUGCCCAAAAGGCACGAGCGACGCAUAUUUGUCUGGACUGUGGAUUCAUAUACACGUUAUCGAAGCCUUUCGAGGAGCAGCCGGAUGGGUACUUGUGCCCACAAUGUAGAGCACCCAAGAAGAGGUUCACAGGGUACGAUCCAGUCACCGGAAAACCAAUUGGUGGGACGCUGCCUCCGAUCGGUGUGAUCAUUGGACUUGUUGCCGGUCUUGCUGGAGUUGGGGCAUUACUUGUUUAUGGCCUUCAGUAACCGACAUUCAUUCUUCCAUCAUAAUUUUGUUCUUAUGAUUGCCAUUUACUAUAUCAUACGAAAAGAAAAUGUAAUGUUUGUAAUUGAAAAUUGAAAUGGGCUUAAAAUACGUUGUUAUUAUGUAUGUUUAAUCGUAAAAUCCUUUGUAGCUAAAA